GCGAGGGUGGAGGUAGUAGGUGUGUUGGGACUGUUUGUCGGGCUCACUAGUCCUCACGCGCGCCUCCCCACAGCAACCACACCUCACCCACAGCUGCUACAUACAGUCACCGCUACAUACAGUCACCACCACAUCCAUCUACCACAACAGUCACUGCCACAUCACCGCCAUUGUCACCACGACACUUCUACCAAUCGCGUCACACUGUACCUUCACACACGCCACAAAAAAAUACACACACCCUAACCCAGUGAUCGUUUUUUGUUGUAUUUACUGUGAUACUAUACAAAUUUACCUCAACUACAGAGCGACAAACACACACCCACCCCUCUCACCGCCUCUCCCUGCAGGAUGAACUCCCGCAUCGUGUCGCUGCGCCGCGGGGUGGAAGAGCUCGAGUCAAGGGUGACCUGCCUGGAGGAGCAGGUAGACCAGGAGGCGCUGCUGGGGGUGGAGGCUCACCACGUCCUCAAGAACGCCAACAGACACGCCCAAGAACUCACAUUCCAGGCGGAGGAGGACCGCAACAACACCACCAGGAUGAUGGAGCGCGUGGCACACCUGCAGGACCAGCUCAAGACCUACGCUGCUCACCUGGAAGACGCCAAGCAGGUAGCAGACGCCAACCUGGCCAAGUACAAGCAGGCCGAGCGUGCUAGAGACCUAGCUAAGGAUCUCAGCAGUAUAAGGGAAGAGCGCGCCAAAACCGCCAGCAGGAGGGAAUAGCCUGGGCGCCAGAUGUUCCCACGGACGAGGUGCGACUCCAAUGGUGCCACAGUUUACACGUAUAUCCGCCUCAAAAUGGGAUUACAGAAAAUGUUGAGUAAGACUAGCAGCUUAACUUUGGCACAUCAUGUGACUUAAGUCGCUUGCGCUUUAAAAGCUUCGCUAAAGCAGGUUUGAGAAUGGUAAGCUUUGCCAGGCCAUCAGCUAAAACAAGCUUAUACAUGAUGUUACAUAGUACGAGGAGUGCUUUUGCAAAUAAAGAGCUGACAAUGGUACCAGAUCAUACUGGUACAAUCUAGCUUAUAGUCUAGCUGUGCAGAAACGGCUUUCGAGAAGAGGCUCAGAGUGAAAGCCUUGAAAGACUGUAUCAAUAAUAAUCACGAAUGCAUUUCCAGAGAAAAAUUAUACUGUACAGUAUAUGGCAGCCAUACAGGGUGAUCACAAAGAUGCUGCCGAUCUACGACAACAGAAAACAGUGUUAAAACAAUGAGAGGCUAGUUGUGCUAAUACAUAUGCUAUAUAAAUCCACGUAUAUUUAAUAUUUCAUCAGUUAAUCAGAAUGCAACAGAUGGAACCCAGAUGUGUUUAUGAAGCAAAUAGCUCUAAGUUGUAACGGUGAGGGUACACAAAGGUUCAUAAUAUGAAAAUUUCUCCAAAGUGAAGUUGUAAGAAUGCAUCUACAGUAUAACACCCAAAAAUAUACAGUACAAGAUCACUGAAAGAAACCGUAUAAUCUGUCCUCCUUAACUGGUACAUAGAGAACGUAUCUAUUUCUGUUAUAGUUUAAGCGAGUGAUAGUGUAAUUUGGGUGCCAUUUUCAACGUUACUUUUGUAUUCUAGUUCAAGUAAACCAGAUGAAUUCUUGCAUCUUCACUUUAGAGUUAUUGUACGAAAAACUACGAAUCCUGACCCAAUUGGCUCGUUUCGACAAAAGUAAAUCAGAGAUUAAUGUGAAAAUAAAUUAUGUUAUUUCCUGUUUGCUGAACGUAUUGUUAAUAAUAAAGAUCAGACCACCAUGCGUCACUAAGGUGUAGAUCACUCACUGCAACAGCUUAUAUACCAUGCACUGUGUCCACACAAAUGAAAAUAUUUACUGUUAGUAAUCGACUUGACACAAAAGUAAAAGAAAUAUCACCAACACGUUCGUGGAAACAAUGUUAAGCUCCCCGAAGGGCUGGUCAGAGCAGUGCUUCAAUCUAUCUGUCCUGGGAGACCUGUGCAGCCAUGUUAUGUGGUGGUGCUGAUGGAUUCUCCAAUAUCCUCCGUUUUUCUUUGUCAGUCUUAACGAAUAACCUGAAACGACAUCUCGUGAGAAAUUUGACGUUGCUUUCAAUAAAGACAUUGAAACCGAUAUGCUUUACGAUAUUAUAAAACAAAAAUAAAAAUAUGACAAAGUUAAAGCAAAUAAAAAAAUGUUUCGUCAUAUUUAAUUGCCGUAAUAAAAUGGUUUGUAUUUGUUCUAUUUUCGAUUUCGUUACAACUUAACACUAUAUAUAUAUACUUACUCUAAUUCUGCUUAUGGCUUUUAGUGCUUUGCUUGUAUGUCAAAACUUAUUGACAAGUUUAGUUAAAAUCAAUUUUGUAUGCAUAAAUCUGGUCACCUGCUGUUACAUUGGUUAGUUAAUCAGAGAUCGUUUUUCUAUCAGUGGUUUACCUCUCGUCUAAGUGUACGACAGCAUGGGACCAGUUUAUGAUAAAUUAGGCUUAACAUUUACAUUACAUCCCCGCUUAUUAGACCCGCAAAAAGAAAAAUAUUUAUGCUAGAUUCAUUUUCGUAGUUAUUAUUUAUAUUUCUAAUAUCAAUUGUUCAAAUUUAUUUAGCUAUUAUAAUGAAGUUGAACUCACAAAGUUCUGUAAUACUGUAUUAAUAAUAAUGAAUAAAUUAAUAUAUCCGUUAAAACUCGCUAUAAAAUCACAUACAAUCAAAUAAAAAUAAACGACGACUAUUGUAAUAAUAUAAUAAAAAUAAGCAAUAAAAUUAAACAAAUGGCCUCAUAUCGUGGCAGCCGUUAUCCUACAAACUUUUGGCGACAAAAACCUGCCAAAACCCGUGUUCGCCUUCACAAGUUAGGAGGCGCCUCUCAGGCAAACUUGUCGUAAAUCUCUUCUGUUUACUCUCGCUCCGCCUCCCACGAAUUAUCUUGAGAGAUAAAAUAUUUAUCUUUUCAGUCUGGUAAUGAGGUGUUUGAUAUUUUUAGACCAGGUGACGAGCUAGUUGCGACAGAGUUUAAUGAAUUCAUAGUUAUUUUCCUCUGGGUUAGCCUGGAUGUGUGGCGCAGACGAAGCGUAUACGCGAGGCUAUCUUCGGAAGCUUAUUCUCUAUUGUUAGUUUACUCAUUAUUAUAGUGCAUUAAAAAGAGUGCUAAUA